AUGACCCAACAUUCCCCCGCCAGUCAACCUGCAAAUCUCCCCACUGAAGCAGAUGUGGAAACUACACCUUGCUAUACUAAUGGUGACUGUUGUGAUGAGAUACACUGUGGCCAUACCUCGUUUAUCGUGGAUGAAGUGAAGGCUUGCGGUACCACAAGAAAAUAUCAUAUUCGAGGAGUUUGUAUCACAACUGAUCCUGGAGUAUUCUACUCGUCAGAUCCACUCAACCAUGUCAUUUCACCUCAACUGUCGUCCAAUUCACCAUUCAUCAAUCACAGACACAUGAUCAUGAUGAUAAUCCCUUCUCCUCGCUACACUACUCUUGAAGUGAGGCUUCAUGCUAUAUGCGAGGAAAGCAGAAAAUAUUAUGCCAGGCACAGGGGGGCCAUCAAUGCUCAAAGGCAUCAGCCUUGUACAGCGAAGACUAGAUGCCAAAGGACCAAUGAUCCACCCGCAAGCGACCUCCCACUCAUUGCGCGAGUCGCAAAAUGCUUUGAGCCACAUGACUCUCACUCGGACGACGAGACAGAGGGGGUGGAUGCGCCGCAAACACUUGCGGAGUGUCUUGCCAUCUUAAAGGAAGCCAAAGACGCAUUUGUCUUACUCGUCAAGUUGCCUACUGAAUUCGUGCAGGAUGUUUUGAAGAAGUUUCUCGACACUAUGCCUGAUGACUCGGAUGCUGCAGGAACAUCAAUCCAAAAAGGUGACAUCACCAUUAUCCAAGACACUAUCAAUUCUAUCAAGGAUCUACAUUGCGAGGUUCACCGAGGACUGGAUACGAUCCUGCAGAUGUGUGGUGUUUGCGAUGAGUGGAAAGCAGAGAUUGCGAUAGCUUAUGAGUUGGGCGAGUUGAUGUAUCAGCAAAAUGAUUAUUAG